GGUUUACAGCUGAUUCUAAUGUUGUGACAUGACAAAAGCCUCCAGCUAACAGCCAGUAUAGGAGAGACUAUUUAGUCAAGUUGCAUUAUGGGUUUCUUUUCUAUUCGGUGCUGAUACAAACUCUCCCACUGUAUACUCGCUGUGGUUAAAACCACACCUUCCAAAAACACUAUUUGCCUGUGGAAAUCACAUUGGAAGGAAGCCACACAGAAUGAACAGUGAAGAUGUCAAGCCAUUUACUCCUGAGAAAGCCAGGGAAAUUGUGAUGGCACUGCAACAACCUGCAGUCUUCUAUAACAUGGUUAGUGACUGGCCAGCCCUGCACUGGGAUGUGAAACACCUUUCUGUGAUGCUGGAUGGAAAGACGAUACAGUUUAGGAUUGGAAUGAAGACAAUGACUUCAGUUCCCCAGUUUGAAACCAGCUGUAGCUACGUGAAGGCUACUCUUGAAGAGUUUUUGGCCUGGAGUAGUGGACAGCCUUCUUGUCUCUCUGGACCAUUCAGUAGUUUUGAGUACUCCAGAUAUUGGGCUUACGCUGACUACAAAUACAUUGCCAGGAUAUUUGAAGACAAGGAGGAAGUUUUCCAGGAUGUAAGGUGGUCUGACUUUGGUUUCCCUGGAAGAAGUGGAAAAGAGAGCACGCUGUGGAUUGGUUCGGAAGGAGCAAACACUCCCUGCCACUUGGACUCGUAUGGCUGCAAUUUGGUGCUGCAAAUACAAGGAAGGAAAAGAUGGCACCUCUUCCCACCUGGUGACACCAGCUUCCUUUAUCCCACCAGGAUCCCUUAUGAGGAAUCCAGCGUAUUCAGCAAAGUCAACAUUGCCAACCCUGAUCUGAAACGCUUUCCUGAGUUUAGGAACACAACAGCCCACGUGGUUACGCUCAGUCCAGGACAGGUCCUGCUUGUUCCCAGGCACUGGUGGCACUACGUGGAAUCCAUCGACCCCAUCACUGUCAGCAUAAACUCUUGGAUAGAACUGGAUGCAGAUCAUGAAGCCCGUGUAGAAGAAGCAAUAACCAGAACACUGGUAUGUGCCUUAAAAUCAGCAGAAGGUUCCAGUGACGGAGAUCCCUGGCUAAAUCCCACUGAGGUUGAGGCAACAUCCCACGAAAUCAAUCUUCAGUACCUGAAUCAAGCAGUGGCUGCAUAUUUCAACUGUCCAAAGGCAAACGUGUACAAGCAGGAACACCCCAGCAGCAGUGGAGCAGAGCAAGAGACAAGAGUCUCAUGCAAGAGGAGGAAAAGGCAAGUUAGCUCUGAGCCAGAGGACUGUCCAUUACUAAACCACGACCACGAGUUCAGCUCUUCAACAUUUAAAGCAGAAAAGUUACAGAAAAUACCUUUUGGGCCUCAUCUUAUUCAAGUUUUACCACAGUCUCGAGAAUCAAGUUCUGUGGGUGCAGGUGCAGUUGCAAGUGACAAUAAAGAUCUUCUCCAUGAAAAUGAAGGAGGACAUUUUGGUAAAUUACACUGCACCAGGAAGCAGUUGGUAAUGAGUAAUGACUGCAGAACGCCUGCAAAUCAAAUGGAUUCAGACAGUAGUCGCAAUGCCUCGCAGGCAGCCCUUUCCACCAAUGAUUUGCUGGACUGCCUGGUUAAUCCACAUGUCGUCAGGUUAGUGGCUCAGCUGCUCUUGGAGAGAGCAGGAGUUUAGUGCCUGAGCACUUCAGUCUUGAAAUAAAGAAGUCAAAUUUCA